GGGACGCACCCGGGCAGGUGCCAACAUGGCAGCGGCGGGCGCAGGCGGAGGGGACGCGGCGGCUGGGGCAGCGGCUGGAACCGCCGGGCCGCCGGGGGGGCACCACCAACCUGGGCUGCCCAGCGCAAGUCACCACCGGUGGUUGAAGCAGGCAUCUCUGGCAGUGCUGGUGGUGCAGAACGCGUCGCUGAUCCUUAGCAUCCGGUACGCUCGAACCCUGCCCGGGGACCGUUUCUUCGCCACCACAGCCGUGGUCAUGGCCGAAGUGCUCAAGGGGGCUGCCUGUCUCCUGCUGCUGUUCGCGCAGAAGAGGGGGAACGUGAAACAUUUUGUGCUGUUCCUCCACGAAGCGGUCCUGGUUCAGUACGUGGACACCCUGAAGCUGGCAGUGCCCUCCCUCAUCUACACCCUCCAGAACAAUUUGCAGUACGUGGCCAUCUCCAACCUUCCUGCUGCCACCUUUCAGGUCACAUACCAGCUGAAAAUCCUUACCACAGCCCUGUUCUCAGUCCUCAUGCUCCGCCGGAGCCUGUCCCGCCUGCAGUGGGCUUCCCUGCUCCUGCUCUUCCUGGGUGUGGCCCUCGUCCAGGUCCAGCAGGCAGGUGGUAGCAAUGGGGCACCACGCCCAGCGGGCCAGAACCCUGGUGUGGGGCUGGCAGCUGUGGUGGCUUCAUGCCUGUCAUCAGGCUUUGCUGGCGUUUACUUUGAGAAGAUCCUGAAGGGUAGUUCAGGCCUCCGUCCGCCUGUUUGGCUUCCAGGUGGAUCCGCUCUUUGCACUUGGGGCUGGUCUGGUCAUCGGGGCCGUCUACCUCUACAGCCUGCCCCGAACUGCUGCCGUGGUCACUCCUCCCCCUCUGAACACAGCACCGCUGGCCAGUGGCCGCCAUGCGGACCCCGAGGAGGAACCCUUCCUACCCAAGUCAGUACUGGGGAAGUGACACCUGGGAGCAGAGCUGGAGUUUAGGGAGACACCAGGGAGUCCAGAUCUCAGAACCCCUUCCCCGAAGUUCUCCACUGUUCCACCCUUACCCCACCCCCAACACAUACAGCCCACCUGACUUGCUCACUCCUCCAGAAGGGCCUGAAUAGAGACUGUUUUUAAAAGAUGUUCCAAGUUCCUAGUGGGGUAAAGUGGCUGGUCACUUUUCUUCCCUUUCCUGUUCAUUUGCCAUGUCUGAUUCAUUUGUCCAGAUCAUGGACAAGGCCCCUCCUUAGGGGCCUUACCCAGUUCUCUGGGGUCAUUUUUCCAUCUCCCUUUCUCAACAUUCAGUGCCCUGACUUCCAGCCCCUUCCUCAGGGUCUGUACCAUGCUAGAGGGGGCAUUCAGGGCAUGCUUUCCAGCACACAUUUCCUAUCAUUCGAUGUCUUUAUCUUCUCUAAUUUCCUGGGAGCGUUCUGCCUUUUUUUUCCCAUCAUAUAAAGCCUUCCUUCUGAAUCUCUAUGCCAGUCUCACCUCAGGCUCCAAGCAGCUCUGGCAAGUCAAGGGAACAGCUCCCCACUUCCCUUUCCCAGCAUUCCAUGCCUCACAGCAAAGGAAGAAUGGUUUAACCUCUUCCACCUUUCAUCCAGGGCCAGCUUCUAGGGAGGCGCAGGAAUUGGAUCUGUCUGGCUCCCUGCCCCACUUCCAAUCCCCAAAGGCGAACUGAUCUAGGAGGAGGAGUGUCCGACUGGCUUCCCUAGGGUGUUGGGGAUGGGUGGUGGAAUAAGGCUGAGAAGGGGGACUGGACAUUGGCUCAUAGGGAGAAAUUCAGUCAGAACCUAAAGUGGAGAAGUUGGGGUAAGGAGGAGUUUGGAGAACAAGGAAGGAAGAGAAUCAAGUCAGAAUCUGAGACUAAACAAGAUUACUGGUUUCAGAUUGGGGGUGGGGGGAGGAAUGAGAUGAAGCUUCAGAUUGUACAAAGGUGUAUAAUCCUGGCUCAGAAGGUCUCAUUUCCCCAUCUCCCCCACUGUGAUUUAACCCACCCUUUCCCCAAAGGCCAAGGGGACCUCCUGCUCCUACUGCGCAGAGGACUUGACAGUUGCUGCUGUGGCCAGGAUUUUUGGGGGGAGGGGUGAUGGUGGUGGGGAUGGUUAUCAGUCCUAAUUUUUGUAAGACAGGAAAAUGACCGAUUUCUUCAUUGGCCGGGUGAUGCUGGGUGGGGUCAAGUGUACAAAUGCCAAAAUAAAGAAAUUCUAUUUAUGUA